AGGGAAGCCGCAGGAAUGCCUCUAAGCUGCUUAGGAGUUUGGUGCCGGCGGGUGCUGGCAGGAAGGGUACGGGCUCGGAGCGACCGGCCGGGCUGUGCGAGGGGCGCGAGGGAGCGGCCCCGCCAUGGCAGGGCAGGACGCCGGGGGCCGAGGCCGCUGCCUGCGGAGCCGGGGGGGGCCCGCGCUCACCCUCGCUUUCGCCUUUUCUCGUUGCAGAAGGAGCUGAGCCUGCCGCGUCGAGGGAGAGCUUGUCGAAGCAACAACAGGAAGAGUUUGGUGGUGGGAACCCCAUCUCCAACCCUCUCGCGGCCUCUCUCCCCUCUCUCAGUGCCUACAGCCGGGAGCAGUCCUUUGGACAGCCCGCGCAAUUUCUCCACCAGCACUUCUGUCAACUUCCCCUUUGCUCGCAGCCAUGCUCCUCGGACUGACAGGGCUGAUGGCAGAAGGUGGUCACUGGCUUCGUUACCCUCGUCUGGCUAUGGGACUAACACCCCCAGCUCCACUGUCUCGUCGUCUUCAUCCUCCCAGGAGCGUCUGCACCAGUUGCCGUACCAGCCCACCCCCGAUGAGCUGCAUUUCCUUUCGAAGCAUUUCCGCAGUACGGAGAGUGUCACGGACGAGGAGGGGCGGCACUCGCCCUGCCUGCGGCCACGAUCCAAGAGCCUAAGCCCUGGACGAACAAGUGGAAUGUUUGAUAACGAGAUUGUGAUGAUGAACCAUGUCUACAAGGAGCGGUUCCCCAAGGCCACAGCCCAAAUGGAAGAGCGUCUGCAGGACACUAUCACGAACUUCUCCCCAAGCAGCGUUCUGCCACUGGCGGACGGGGUGCUGGGCUUCAUCCACCACCAGAUCAUUGAGCUGGCCCGGGACUGCCUGGCGAAGUCCCAGGAGGCUCUCAUCACCUCCCGCUACUUCAUGGAGCUGCAGGAGAAACUCGAGAAGAUGCUCAGAGAUGCUCAGGAGCGUUCAGAGAGCGAGGAGGUGAAGUUUAUUGACCAGCUGGUGAGGAAGCUGCUGAUAAUAAUCUCCCGCCCUGCGCGCCUUCUGGAGUGCCUGGAGUUUGACCCUGAGGAAUUCUAUCAUCUCCUGGAAGCUGUGGAGGGACAUGCUAAAGUUGGCCGGGGAAUAAAGACCGACAUUCCCCGAUACAUCAUCAGCCAGCUGGGACUAGUCAAAGACCCGCUGGAGGAAAUGGUCCAGCUGGAUCACUUUGACAGUGGGAACACCAUCACACCGGAGAAUGAUGAUGCCCGCGAGAGCCAGCCUUUGGCCGCCGCUCCGCGGAGGAAACCCUGCGAGAGUGACUUUGAGACCAUCAAGCUGAUCAGCAAUGGGGCCUAUGGGGCUGUGUACCUGGUGAGGCACAGAGAGACGCGGCAGCGUUUUGCCUUAAAGAAGAUUAACAAGCAGAACCUCAUCCUGAGGAACCAGAUCCAGCAGGUGUUUGUGGAGAGGGACAUCCUGACCUUUGCAGAGAACCCCUUCGUGGUCAGCAUGUUCUGCUCCUUUGAGACAAAGCGACACCUCUGCAUGGUGAUGGAGUAUGUGGAAGGGGGGGACUGUGCCACGUUGCUGAAGAACAUGGGCCCGCUGCCGGUCGACAUGGCAAAAAUGUACUUCGCGGAGACUGUUCUUGCGCUGGAGUAUCUCCACAACUACGGCAUUGUGCACAGGGACCUCAAACCCGACAAUUUGCUGAUCACCUCCAUGGGCCACAUAAAACUGACAGAUUUUGGUCUGUCAAAGAUUGGCCUGAUGAAUAUGACCACGAACCUGUACGAAGAGCACAUAGAGAAGGACACUCGGGAGUUCAUGGACAAGCAGGUGUAUGGCACUCCGGAGUACAUCGCACCAGAAGUCAUCCUCAUGCAGGGCUACGGGAAGCCUGUCGACUGGUGGGCCAUGGGCAUCAUCCUGUACGAGUUCCUGGUGGGCUGCGUCCCCUUCUUCGGAGACACCCCCGAGGAGCUCUUUGGGCAGGUGAUCAGCGAUGAAAUUAUAUGGCCUGAAGGAGAUGAGGCUCUUCCUGCUGACGCUCAGGACUUGAUCACACGGUUGCUGCGGCAGUGCCCGCUCGAGCGCUUGGGCACCGGCGGUGCACACGAGGUGAAGCACCAUUCCUUCUUCCUGCACCUCGACUGGAACGGGCUGCUCCGGCAGAAGGCAGAAUUCAUCCCCCAGCUGGAGUCGGAGGAUGACACCAGCUACUUUGACACUCGCUCCGAGAGGUACUGCCACUUGGAUUCGGAGGAUGAGGAAACCAACGAUGAGGAAUCAUCCGUGGAGAUUGGCCAGUUCUCUUCCUGCUCUCAUCGCUUCAGCAAGGUUUACAGCAGCUCCGAAUACCUGGCGACUCACUCCAAUCUCAGCCUCUCAUCCUCGGAACGGAGCCACAGCGAGGAGAAAGAGGACAGGACAGAGCGAUGGGACAGGAGCUCGGGAGACGAGGACAGGAGCCGCCCCUUGGGCCCUGAGACCCGGCUCCGAUCUUGGACAUCCUGCAGCUCCACGCCGUACUCCUCCCAGCACGAGCGCAGCCGCAGCCCUGCCGCUCUGACCAGCACCUACAGCCUGGAGACCAUGCCAAAGUUUGCCUUCUCCUCGGAAGAUGAAAACCCUUGUCUGGCACCUUCCAAGCCAGAGAGACCGAUGUUUGUGCUGGGAGAUCCCGAUGCAGGGGCAGGCGGACCAGCGAAGUCUUCGGCGUUAUCUGCUGAUCUCGUCAGCCUGAACCGCAUCCGCCUCCGGAGCAACAGCACCGGCACCAAGAACUCCGCUCCCCGGGGUCUGGAGCCGGGCGGCGGCCGACGGCCCAGCAGCCAGAAGGACGCAUCGGACAAACAGAGAGCCUCGCCGGGCGGCCGAGUGCCCAAGUCUGCCUCUGUCUCGGCCCUGUCCCUCAUCAUCACGUCAGACGACUUCAGCAGCGGUGCCCUCAUGAGCCCCAUCUCCCCUCACUCGCUCUCUUCCAACCCGUCUUCCCGCGACUCGUCCCCGAGCCGAGACUCUUCCCUCGCCAUCACCAGCCUGCGGCCCCCCAUCCUCAUCCACAGCUCGGGCAAGAAGUACGGCUUCACGCUGCGAGCCAUCCGGGUGUACAUGGGGGACAGCGACGUGUACGCGGUGCACCACAUGGUGUGGAGCGUGGAGGACGGGAGCCCUGCCCAGGAAGCGGGGCUGAGAGCCGGUGAUCUCAUCACACAUGUGAACGGGGAGUCUGUGCUGGGAUUAGUCCACAGGGACGUCGUGGAGCUGUUGCUGAAGAGCGGCAAUAAAGUAGCGCUGCGGACCACAGCCCUGGAGAAUACAUCCAUAAAAAUUGGCCCUGCUCGGAAAAACAGCUCAAAGAGCAGGAUGGCCCGAAGGAGCAAGAAGAGCAGGAAAAGGGACAACCAGGACAGGAGGAAGUCCCUCUUCAAGAAGAUCUCCAAGCAGUCGACGGUCCUGCACACCAGCCGCAGCUUCUCCUCCGGCCUCCACCACUCGCUGUCGUCCAGCGAGAGCCUCCCGGAGUCGCCCACCCACAGCCUGUCGCCCGGCCCCACGACACCGUGCCGCAGCCCCGCGCCAGACCUGCCCCCAGGGCAAGACUCUGUCCCCCCCCACCAUCGUCAGGCAAGGCUCUCGGCCGCGGAGCGCCGAGUGCCCCAGGUCCCCUCUGCUAAAACGCGUCCAGUCCGCAGAGAAGAUUGCAACCUACCUGGCGGAGAAGAAGACCAGCAGCGGUCGCAAGCUGGGGCUGGAGCCGCCCCCGGCGGACGGGGCGGGAGAGGCUUUGGGAGAGGGCGAAGCGCCCGCCCAGGCGUUUGCCGGCGAGCACAGCUACGCAGGGGCGUCCCGGACGCGAGAGUGGCUGGGGGAGAGGCACGACCGGGACCAAGAGGUGGUUGUCAUGAGGAGGCUGAACCUCUCCGAGCGCCGGGACUCCUUCAAGAAGCAGGAAGCCGUUCAGGAAGUGAGUUUCGACGAGCCAGAGCUGCCAGUAAGCGAAGAGGGCGUCAAGCCCGAGGCCGGGCCGGAGGACGAGCCCGCGCCGCAGCGCCGCAGCCUCCACGCGGCCUCGUGGGCCGAGGCCAGGCAGGGCUCGGCCCGCCGGAGCCCGCGGGACGCCACGGCAGAGCCGAAGCCCAGGCCGGUCCCGCAGAUCGCGGUGCAGGGAUCGGAGAGCGACGAGCAGGAGCUCGGCGCGGCCGAGUGGGAAUGCCAGGGCUCCUACCCCAUCCAGCUCCUGGCCAGGGUCUACACGGAGCAGACGGACGGCACCACCGCCGUGGAGUGCAGGAGCGUGGCCUCGCCGCGGCCGCGGGAGCCGAGCCCCCGGCGGCAGCCCGCCCCGGGGCCCUCGCGCCGGACGUGCGGGGAGGGAGCAGCCGGCCCCCGGGGGCUGCCGCCGCGGGGCAGCCGGGAGCCAGCAGCCGUCGGACCCCCCGGCCGCCCGGCAAGGCAGCGGGACGCCCGCGGGCCGGCUUCAGGCGGCGGCGAGGACGCCUGAUCCGGCGGCGAGGCCGGGAGGCCGGGGAGGAGAGGCGAGCGGGAAGGGUCCGGCUCCGCGGCCUUCCCUGGAGCCGUCCACGCAAGCGAAACACACCCAGAGGCGUUUUUACCAUCAGACCUUGCAAGGAUUCUUGUAACCCGGUGAUUUUACUCAAAAAAGGCUUUCGUACUAACCGGAAAGAUGUGUCUAUUUUUGUAGAGAAGCGGGAGCGUUUACUGCGGCAAUGGCGUUUCCCUGGCAGGGCCUGAACCUUUGUGAAUAGAAAGGACUCGAUGCAAAUACUCAUAACUAAUUUAUUACUUUUAUAAGCUAAACAGAGGCAUUGCAGGGCCAUCCGAGGGGCCUGACCCGCUCCGGGCUGGCGGCAUCCCAGCCUUCUCCGGGGGCUCUGCAGCCCCGUCCGGAAGCCACUAUGCUUCCUAACGUCACAAAGAACCACUAGGUUUUCCCCGUUCAUUAACAUCAUUUCCAGCUGGAAAAGCACCUACGGAAAAGCCAGUUCUGAGACGUGCUUUUAAAAUACUGUUUAAGCUGAGCUCUCACUCCGCUGCUCCGAUCUUCCGGCCGGUGUCUUCCCCCCCGCGACGCGGCAGGUCUUUGCUCUUCCUUUCACCCGUUUAACUCGCGGCCUGGCUGGGAAGGACCCCCUGGGCUGGGGGCCCCUCGCUCCCCCCGCGAGGGCAGAGCCGAGGGGGGAAGCGGUGUUUUACUAGAUUUACUAGUGGUUCAGCACUUGAUUUUCUUUCCGCUGUAAAAAUUUAAAGUAAAAGGAACCAAAACCCACAGCGAAAUCCCCCAAAUGUUAGUGGUCUGAGCUGUAUGUGCAGAUCCUUCUGGCGUCUGGCUCGUACUGGCCAUUAGGUGUGUGUAGCAAUGCUUUAAAAAAAGAAAAAAAGGCUUUUAUUUUAUUUCAUUUUUAUUUUUGUAAUAGCUGGCCUCUCUGCGUGCGGCUCCCGGGGCGCUGCAGGGCCGUUCCCCGGCCCCGGGAGCUGCGGCGGCGGUGGCAGCGCUGCCGCCCUCGCGGCUCCCCCUCGAGCCCCGCGAGGCCGUGGUCCGCGUCUUUGAAGCAGGGUUAAUUUUAUAAAGGUGCAGCAGAUUUCAGGGCGUCAGUUCUUAUUUUAGAGAAGCAAAUGAAUCAGCAGUGACCAAAAUACUCUGCUAACCUGCAGAUCGUCUCCGCAGCGGUCUGUCCGUGGGCCGCGGAGCCGGUUAGGGAAAGCAGAGCUGGCGCUGAGCCCUCCGUCGCCUCGGGCCGGGCUUCAGCAACGCAGUGCAAACGCUAGCAGGGUUCGUUUUAGCCGUUUGCAUUUCUCCUGCCGCGAUCUGCACCCGAGCCUUCCCCAGGCCGCGCGGCGGGUGCCUGCCGACCUCCCCAGGGCUUCGUGAACAGCCACGUUUCCAAUUAAAAACAUCUCCUGAGCUCCAAUCUGUGUUUCUAAACUGCUCCUUGUUAAUAAUUUCUAAAUUUCAUCUCCUCCUCUGGCAGCUUUUUUCCCGGUGAAUGAAGGGUCAGCCUGGCAUUCCCCCACGUUUCUAAUGUUUUAUAUGAUGUAAACGUUUACAUUUGAUAAUGCAUGUACGGGCUUUUCUAACGGCGGUGUUCGACGGUGAGAGCGUUGGCCUUGUGUCGCAGCACGCGCGCGGAGGGUGCAGCUCCUCCGUCCGGCCGCUUACUGAACCGGAUUAUUAUUUUGUGCGCGUGUGCGGUUCGUGCAAGGCUGAGUUACCUGCUUCUCCCGCGUUUGCCCCCAAAACGAGUGGCGGUGGCGCGGGAAUCCCGUCUCCAUCCGGCGCCGCGGCCGGAGCCUCUCCGCUUCUGCCCGACCGCUGCCAAAGCCCCUCCGCGCGGAGCUGCUGCCUCCUCUCCCUCCUGUCCCCCUUUCCGAAGGUUGGUCCUCUGCUCCUUCCCCGUCUCCGUGUGCAGCACGCGGGAAGCAGAGCGGGGUGGGCGCCUCACCGCUGCGCAGAGAGGGAUUUUAUGGAAAACGUCUGGAAACCGGCUCUCGUCUUCCUGGGUGGUGCGAGCAUGGGUCUUGUUAUUCCAAAAAGUUUAUGUUGUAUUAAAAUCGUUCCUUGAUAUGA